AACGCGGAGUAACAAGGGCGAACCACAGGCAACCCAAAUCAACAAAAAACUCGUAAAUAUUAUAAACUAUAAUCCAAAGAAAAUUAUCUGAUUUCAGGACUUGCGGGAGGAAUUUAAGGAAAUAUCUAAUUCAAUAUAAUAGUAUUCAAAUAACAUUUGAUUAGAAUUUUAUAUCAAAUGAAAUUAGUUGUUUAGUUGUAAACCUAUCUUUCUCACCCUACCCCCCAAGAGUUCCCUGUUGUUCCACAGGGAACCCAUCACCACAAUAGUAACAGUUUUAUUCCCAUGCACUUCGAUUGAGUACUCAUUUCAUUUUUACCCUUAUGAUAUUUUCUACUGCUUUAGCUGUGUUCUUUGAAACCUGAAUUUAUUAGAAUAUAAUAUUUUUGUUUUUUCUAAAUGUCUAACGAGGAAAAGCGCGAAGAGCGCGCUGAAAGAUUCAACAAAAGAAUCAAGUUGGAUUUGAACUAUGGAAGUUUAAAUGAAGAACAGUUUCAAGGCGCUCAAAAGGCAGCAAAAAAUCUUCCAAAACCAGUAGCUGUUCUCUCCGAAGAAUACACCCGCAUUAACUUAGAUACAGUCCCCGUUUAUGUGGCUGAACUAAAAGAUCCAAAGUUGGCUUCAAAAUGCAUACGUGAACUGAAAGAAUUUUUUCCAUUAAAUAAUCUUCAACAUCUUAAAAGAAUUAGGCGCCCCCCUACGGAUGCUGGAGGAAAACAAGUUCUUCAAAUUAUACUGCGUAUUGUUAGCGAAGACCAAUUAAAAUUUUCUAAAAACAAUAUUAUCAACAUAAAAGAUAUAAUACAUGGAGUAAAUUCAGAAGGAUUGGGAAACCCAUUUGUUAUCAAAGUGCCAAGAUACCCACCUCUGACCAGAGAGCAGUUCAAUAAAGCAUCAGAAUUAUGGCCUGUAAAUUUCCAUGAGGAUAAAUACAUUACAAAACUACUUUCUGGAGAGCUGUUUGGUGAUUUAGCUCUUAGGAAAAUAUAUAAAUAUAUGGAUAUGGCUAGGAAAUCAGCUCUUAUAGGAAAAAACAAUGGAAUGGUUGCCAUUGGAACAGUAGUAGUUGACCCAUCUAGUGACAUUGUCAUUGCUGUAGCAUAUGAUCUUCGUUGCCAUGGUCAUCCAUUACACCAUGCAAUAAUGGUUGUUAUUGACCUCGUAGCUCAAAGCCAAACCGGUGGAACCUGGAACAUGGGAUAUCAACAGGACUCUGGAACUUGGACUUUACCAGAAAAUCUUAAUGAUAUAAAAAUAAAAAAAGCAAAAUGUCAGUUGGACUGUGAAGAAACAAGUAAAGAAGACACCUCAAAAUCAAAAGUUGUUGAAGACUCUAACAAAACAAAUAAAAAUCCUGAAAACAAAUUCAUGAAUGAGAACAAAAAUGGACCAUAUUUAUGUACUGGAUAUGACUUGUAUGUAACAAGGGAGCCUUGCAUCAUGUGUUCAAUGGCUCUCGUUCAUUCAAGAAUACGGCGAGUGUUUUACGGGUGUAAAGAUCCUAGCGUGGGAGCAUUAGGCAGUAAGUAUCGCCUACAUACACAAGAUGGACUUAACCACCAUUUUGAAGUCUUCUGUGGCAUAUUAGAAAAAGAAUGUAGUGAACUCAUAGAAUAAUAAAAAAUAAAAAUAGUAAUUGAAAAUAACUUUCACUUAUAAAUAUGUACU